AUGGCUCCCUCGCGACCCACCACACCUAUUGGGGAAAGAAGGCAGACUAAUAGACGUCAUCUGAGGAGAUCGUCUGGGAUACCGCUACCAGCACAGUCACCGCACCAUUUCCCAAUUGAUCCGGAUAACCUCCCCAUGGACUGCCCUGAAAUCGAAAACAAGUUCAAGGAUAUUGCCGAUGGAUUAGAAGAUUUGGAUGUAAAUAUUAGAGAUCUAAACCAUAUACAUGAUGCAGUGUCAAGCCAAUUCAAUGAAUCUUUCGCAAGCUUCUUAUAUGGGCUAUCCAUUACCAUGUGGUGUGUUGACCUUCCCAAGUGCCCCUCGCGGAGGGCCUGGCAGCGAUUACAAAUGAGAAAGAAGAAGAAGGAACAUAUUGCCGAAUUGAAGAGGAAAAUAGAAGAAGCCGAAAGAUUGAAUGUCGAAUUGAAGGAAAAAGUAGCUAAAGAAACGAGGCCGAUAAGGCAUUCCCGUCCAAUGAGUGCUCAACUCCCAUCGUUAUCGUCAUCGUCAUCGUCAUCAUCUAAACGAUUUCGGACUAACAAUGAAAAUAUCAAGCCUGUGACUAAUUUUUUAAAGAAACCGAAUGUCGCCUUCACGCAAACGUCCAAAAUACCCCAGCCUGUAUCGGGACUGCUAAGGACUCAUGUAGUGCAACCUACCUCGAGCAAUCGUGCUCCAAAUUUGAACCAACCACCCAGGUACAUGCGUGGACUCUUUAACGAUGGGAUGGAUGUAACUCCGGCAGGGCAAAGAAGUGGGGCACAGACAAAAAAGCGGCCCCAAAGCUUGAGUCAAAGGCCGCCAUUUAGGUAA